AUGGAAGACGACCUCGGCGACCUUGACUUCCCUGAACUCCCCGACCUCAUGACCGACGUCGUGGGCAACCCCGAGGGCACCUCCGCUCACACCUCCGGGGAUGAUACCACGCUUAUGGCUCGCACGGAGGCCAACUCACACGAGCAGCCGCUGGGCGAUCCCAUGCAAGCCAACUCUGAGACACUUGACGGGCAGCGCCUCAAUCGCCUGCUGGCCAACCCGAGCAGUUUGAAACCAGUCGAUGCUCAGUGGUUCCUGCGCCAGAAGGACUCACUCGUCUCGUCGGGACUCGAGGCGGUGGCGAGGGCUUUUGAUCUGGGCCAGAUCAACGUCCUGGUCGCGACGAGCGUCGCAGAAGAGGGUCUCGACGUGCCAGACACUCGAGUCGCCAUUAUGCUGGACGGCAUCACCUCUGGCCGCGUGCGUGUCCAGUGCCGCGGUCGCGUCAUGCGCCGGCCCGGCGGAGCCUUCCACAUCCUCUACUAUACGGGCUCGGCCGAGGACGUGGGCGUCUGGCGCUCGCAGCAGCAGGUCGACGCCUCGCACAAGGCGCUCGAGGAGCUCGCCGCCGACCCGCAGGCGAUCGCGAGCCUCAGUGUCGGCCCGAACCCGCUGGUGCAGCUCAACACCCUCAAGCAGAAGGGCAUCGUGGAGGGUCCGCAGUUCGAAGGCACCGAGCACAGCGUCAACGGCAUGUUCCAUGUGACGGUCACGUUGACGCUGGUCAAGACCGGACGAGAAAUUGUCGCGGCUGCAACCGACAAGAACAAGAGGAAGGCGAAAGCCGCCGCCGUGGAGAGAGCGGUGGCGACUCUCCUCGAGGGCCAGUCGGCAGAGCUUCGCUAA